AUGCUAAACAAAACUGUCCCUAAACAGAGAUUGAAUUUGCCACUCCUUGCAGAAAGAGGAGGCGGAGUUGUUGGAAACAAGGAGUGUCUAGACCACGGUAUUGGUUAUGCGGAGCUAGUACCCGUGAAUAGGGUGUCAUUUCUCUCCUCCCAACUGCAGAGGUGUGGAGAAGGAAAGCGGCGGGGUAAUAAGGAUUCAAUAAAGAAAACAGGCACUCACUCCUUGAUAUGCAAACGCUCAUGGAAGAGCUUCUACAGGAGAUGCGAUUACAUUGGGGCCGCACAUGAACAAAUUCUUAAGCCAUCCCUGGAGUGGAGCUUGACAGCUCAUCUUCUUGCUUCACCAUACUUUUGCCAGCCAACCUUGUGGAUAAGCAAAUAG